AUGAAAAUUAUAAUAAAAACAAAAACCCCGCAGCCCUACUACGGGGGCUUCCUAUCAGCGGCAAGGGCGAGCGUUUCCCUGGAAACGGCUCGACGGCUCCUUUCAUUUUUACGCGGCCACUACGUCACUUCCUGUUUGGCGAAGAUGGCGGUGGAUUUGACUCCAAGGUUCAGAAGACUGAACAGUCAAUCGAGAUGUUUUAACGAAAAGAGACAUCCAACAGGACCGUUUAGAGCUACACAGCUGUGGCGUAACAUCAUCGAGGCCUUACAGACGCAGGUGGAGGUCAGGCGUCGCCGGCAGCACUUGCGAGUACAUAAAGACUGCUUCACCGGCUCAGAUGCCGUUGACGUGGUUCUCAGCCACCUCAUGCAGAACAUCUACUUCUGCACCAGUGACGUGACCCGCCUAAAAGCUGUCAGGCUGUGCCAGGCCCUCAUGGACGCCCGAGUGUUUGAACCGGUCGGUGUGAAGCUCUUUCGCAGGGAAAAAGAGCUGGCUUUCGAGGACUCCGGCUGCAGCCUGUACCGCUUUUUAGAUGCCGACGGUCUUCCUGGAUCGGCUAAGAGCGUUGCUGAUCAGGAGAAUGGAAGAUCCGUGAAAGAAAAUGGAAAGGAGAAGAAGGGCUCCAGGUUUGACGAUAUAAGGACAAUCUCCAAUCCCUUGGCACUGGGAUCCUCAGACAGGAGGGUGGAGAGAAUUUUGAAAACCAUUAACCUGCAACCAUCGAUGCCUUCUGGCCUGAAUCGUGUUGGUUUAUCCACUACCUGUCUCUCAAAACAAGUCAUACAAGAAGUGUGGAAACAACAAACCCUUCUGCAGCUGUUGCAGUUAGUGGAGGUUCCUGUGUUGGACUGCAUCCUGGCAUCACCCUCAAAAUCCGCUCCACUUCGAAUGCGUUUGCUGAGGAACCAUGACCUGGUCAUCUCUAACACCUGUGUGGACCGGGAAGUGUCCCAAGUCCUCAACCUGCCAGAACUGGACGCAUGGCUGACGGCGGCUGCAGACUGUCUGGAGCUGUUUCCAGACGAGACGAUCGUGUCGACAGGAGAGCAGCUGCUUCAGGUCCAUGCUGCGGAUGAUGGCGAGAAGCUGGGUGCCUACAAGAAACUAUUGUUCGACACUAUUUCCAAGUUCUACAGCAGUCAGGAGAGAGUUCCCCUGCUGGCUGGACGGUACAUGGACAUCCACGCGGGCAUCCUCAAGCUACUUGACUCGGGUAGGACCGAGGAUGCUCUAAAGGCAUCUCAGCUUUGGCUGCGGCUUUUGGACACCAACUGUAGGAACGAACUGCGCAGACUACUGACCUUCAUGGCUGAAGCUUCAGACCCCAAAGCCUUCCAGCUACACAAAACGAUGGAGAACAGGGCUCUAAUCAGCAGGACUUUUAUGAAGGCUAUGCUUCAGAGUAAAGAUGUGUCUCGUGCUCAAUGUGAGCAGCUCCUGCUGUUUCUCAUGGAUCACCAUUUACAUCUGUUCAAGACCCCGUUGUCUCUGAUCGAGGCGGUGACGAAGGCCCUGCAAACCCUGCAGCAAGGCCGGAAUCCGGAUAACGUCGCACUGUUCGCGUUCUGUCAGCAGAUGUCAGCACAGCAGUUCGAAGAGCAGCGAGAGAAGAACACCUUCGCCAGCCUGAAGCAGCUCAUCGAGCACAUUACGCUUAGCAACGAGCUGUCGAUCAAACAGAGGAGGCGACUCAUCAAGGAGUUUCAGAAGCACCACCCAGCAGUGUUUCUCCACCAUUUCUCCUCCACAUUCUAGAACAUGCGGCAUUUUGAACGUCUCUUCCAAGACGACAUCGUCGUUGGUUAUUGUGCUAGAAACUUGGUAGAUUUCGUACGGUAGAUUCUAGCAGGCAAACCUAAUUUAGUAGAGGUAACACUGGCAAUAUUGAUAGCUGCUGUCGCAUAAGUCUUUGGACAGAAAAUAGAUUUCGCGGAAGUACACCGAACGUACGAAGUCCUAAGAGGCCAAGCAUUGCGACAUUUUUCUUUCCUUGUUUUUUCGUGAUCACGACUCCAUUUUCUUGUGAUCUCGACAUCUUUUUCGUAGAUGCAUCAUCUCAGCAUUACGAAUGAUCGCAUUCGCUUUUACUUUGAUCAGGGACUCAACUCAAACUGGAACAGCUCUGUGCCUACGAUUGACAAUAUACACAUAGGCAGUGGUGGAUAAAGUACACAAACCAAGUCAGAGUCAGGAGUUUCUUCCAUCAUUUAUUCCUAUGAAAAUGUGUCUGCUUGCUGUCAAACUGAUUCUGAACUGUAUGUUCAUGCUACAUAGAUACCAAGCGGCAAUCAAAACAAGUUCGGAACAGACCCCGAUUGGUGGUUCGCUUCGUGUUUGACCAGUUAAGUUUUUAUUUCGCUCACAAAUAAAAAGAAACGACCGAUUUCACAAAACCUAGUUGAGUUCAAAGACAUUUGGCUUUGAAAUGUAGUGAAGGUAAAGUAAAAGUCUCGCCAAAUGGAAAUUCUUCAGUAAAGUUACAGAUACGUGAAAAAAGCGGCUUACGUUAAUUAAAAGUACACCACUGCACAUAAGUGACUGACUUGUGAGAAAACAGGUUUUUACGUCAAGAUCACGAGAAAACUCACGAUAACGAGAAAACUACAUUUGUUAUGUGGAAAAAUUCGGGUUGUGAUAACAAGAAAAUUAAGAGACAGCAAAAAAGAAGAAAUAUAUUAUAAAGCGUGGCCUCGUUGGAUUUCCAUCCUGAAUGAGAUCUUUCGAUGAAAUCAUUCUCAACACCCAGCUCUUGCAUUAUUUUAAUUUUUUUCAGCUCUAAACAAAUUUAAUUGCACUUGUUCACUGGAUUUAGAUGUUUUUUGGGGUAUAUUAUGAUUAUCUGUUGCCCUUUAUUACUGUUUCGAUUCUUUUUUACCUCAGAAAUUUCACAGCUGAGAAUUACUUGAAUGGAUGUAGGUACAAAUAUUCAGGGAUGUACUCUCGCAAAUGAUUUUUAUUAAACUACAGUAUAUAUAUAGUUGAGUCAGAUUGUAUUGGACUUGCUGGUUAAUGUAGGUUUUAUGCCUUAUGAUCUUAAUGGGCAAUUAAUGGUUUACUAAUGUAAAAAAUGAUUUAUGUGAGGAGAUCUAGUGCUUAAUUUAUUUGAACUUCUCAUAACACUAUUGCUUACAUUUCAGACAGAGAAAUCUGAUUAUUUUUGAGAUUGAAAAAGCGAGUUUUAAUCUGUAGCAUGUAGUUGAGUAAAAGUAGAGAUACACUAAACUAAAAUAUGACUUCAGUAAAAGUUAAAGUGUCCCUUUAAACAUUCACUGGAAUAAAAGUACAAAAGUAUUUGCCUUUAAAUUUACUUCAGUAUCCAAAGUACUAAAAUGUAUUAUGGCUCUAAUGUUUCUAUCAUUUUUAUCACAAGACUGUUGCUUAAUCAACUCAGUUUAUGUAAAACAAAACUGUUAUUCUUUACAUACCAAUCGAUUAAUAGAAUGAUAUUAAUGAGUUAAACACUGAUUGAUAUCUAAUAAA